UAAUCGAUCCAAAAAUUUCAGCCCUAAUAUUUCCCAACCCAUCGCCGAGCCUCAACCGCCGCACACCGCUCCUCGCCGCCGUCAACAGCCUCCACUUCGCUCACCGCCCUCUGCUCCCCCACUCCGCUCACCGCUCGCGUACCUUGCUCACCGGUUCGUCCACUCCGUUCACUUCCGGCGCCGUCGCUCGCCCCCGCACCGAUUGAGGCCUUCAUCGAUUCCAUUAAGUAAUGAGUCGUUCGAACGCAAAUCUGAAGAGGAGAAGACCUGGAACAGAUGAAUCAGGUCUGAUAGAUUCGGAGCGAGCAGUCCUCAAUUCAAUAAAAAGCAAAGGGAAUAUGGGGAUUUGGACAAGAGACAUCAAACUAGAGACCAAUCUGACUGACCCCGUUGUAAGCAAAUCGGUCAAGUCUUUGAUGGCGAAAAACUUGAUCAAAGAAGUUGUAAACAUUCAAAACAAGGGUAAAAAACACUACAUGUCAGUCGAGUUCGAGCCUUCAAAGGAAAUAAGCGGAGGGGAGUGGUAUUCAAACGGUGCCCUCGACAAAGAGCUUAUUAAAGCAGUCCAAGAUAUGUGCUUAAGGUUCUUGCGUGCGCAGAAAGUUACUACAAUAGAGGGAGUACACAAUGAUCUCAAGAAGUCAAGAGUGUUGACUUUUGAACCUUCUCGCGAACAAGUUGUGGAUAUAUUGAACUCAAUGGUUCUGGACAAUAAUAUUAUAGAGGUGAAGAGCAGUGGGUUGGGUGAUUACCAUUCUAUCCCUAUCGGAACAGUUUGUUACAGAGUAGCAAGUGGUGCAGGUGUUGCCAAGGGUGGUCCAAAGAAAGGUGGAUUUGCUUCAAUCCCGUGUGGUGCUUGUCCCAGAAUUAGUGUAUGUACACCUGAUGGCCCCAUCUCUCCCGCUACCUGUGUCUAUUAUACCAAAUGGUUAAACGUUGAGUUUUGAACCUAUAUAUAUUUUUCAUCUCUUUCUGGAAUAAAUGCUAAAUGCUGCACAUUUACUUUUUUCUUCGUUUUCGGAUGAUUUGGCUUAGAAUUUUAUUGUCGUAGAAGUUUAUUUUUCUAUUUUUUCUAAUGUUUUUUCUUGUAAAAAUCACCAUCUCCACGAAAUACAUCUUCGUUCUCUUGGGAUAUGAAGUUUGGCCUUUUUCUUGUUU